CAUACCAUAACUCUUCUCAACCAUCACACACAGUUUGUUUCAGCAGCCCAGAAAAAGAUCACCUCCUUCAAUAUCCGAUCUAUAUAUCUACUUACACACACACACAGAUCUGGUUUUGUUACUUUUUCAAUAUAAUUCAGAAUCUGCCCCACAAAAAUGAAUACCAACCAGAAUACUCAUCCCUCCUUCACCAACAGUAGUGUUAACAUUAGUAAUAAUCAUCCAACUUGGAAUAUGAAUCUUGAGCAUAUGGGUUCUGCUUGGCUUCCUCUUCAAACCCCAAUAUCUACCUUUUCAUCUUCUGGUUUUCUCAUCAGUGACAUGUUUGGCAUCAACUUGGGAAGAGAAGGAGAGAAGGAGAGGAGGAGGAGGAGGAGGAAGAAGAGCUUGGAGCCAUGAAGGAGAUGAUGUACAAGAUCGCCGCUUUGCAGCCAGUCGAGAUCGAUCCCUCCACCAUCCGGAAACCUAAGCGGCGGAACGUCCGGAUCAGUGACGACCCACAGAGUGUCGCAGCCCGACACCGCCGUGAGAGGAUCAGCGAGAAAAUCCGAAUCCUGCAGAGACUCGUCCCCGGAGGAAUCAAGCUCGACACCGCCUCCAUGCUCGACGAAGCCAUUCGCUACGUCAAAUUCUUGAAGAGACAAAUCAGGUUGCUCCAAUCUCCACCACACCAACACUGCACGAUCACCACCGGUAACAACACCUCUCUCGCCGAUUGGCCUUACACACCAAACACGCCCCACACCGCCGCCACCGGAACGGUGUUCAACGCCGGUGAUAGCUCCUCCGGGUUUAACCAUGAGGUAAUUAGUGAAUGACCAGCUAGAGUACUAUGUUGAUUACUGUAUAAGUAUGUCAGGGAAGAAAAUAAAAGAUCGAGCAAGUAAUUAAUGAUACUGUUGUUUGAGAGAGAGAGAGAGAGAGAGAGAGAGAGAGAUCUUGUUUGGAUAUUGUUGACUGAAGGUGGUGUAGAAUAUGAGCAUAAUCAUAACGGUUGGCUUAAUGGCUUGGGUUACGUAUUAUUCAGCCAUGUGUGUGUAUAGAAUAUUGGGAAUGAUGUGGUGUUGGGUUUUAAUUUGAAAGUUGGCCGAAAAGUUUGUUUGGCCUGCAUGCCUUUUUCCCUUGAGAAAUACUCAAAUAAGCCGUGACGUGAUCACGAGGAAAUUUAGUUAAUAAUCAAUAUAUCUAAAUGUGAAAGCUUGGUCAUCUGUGGAUGUGUAUAAUUACUUAAAUACACGCUUGCUGCUGAACCGACGACAAGGUGACAGUCUAUGUACAUGUGUUUGUGUGUUGUUUGGAGAGACUGAAACUUAGGGGAUUAUGGUUUGAGUGGCUUCGAAUUUUAAUCAGUUGUGAGAAAGAGUGUCAUGAUGUGAGGAGAAAGCCCUCAAGGGGGUGAGAAAAGCGAUCACGAAGUUAUU